AUGGUCCUGAUCAGCCCCGGACAGCGCCUUCUUCGUCUCCUCCUCACCGCCUCCAUUUUAGACCAACUCACUACAACUUUCAGCUCCGGAGCUCCGAUAAACAGCGGCUCCCUGUCCGCUUACAGGCCCGCACACAGACACACGCACACGGGGACACUCACCGACUCUUCACCGCCGAACUUUAGCGAAGUUUCCUCCACUUUUCUUCGAGUUGUGGCACUUUUUCUCUUCGACGAACAGCGCAGACAGAACAGUGCUGCAGAAGUUUCCGCACAUUCCUCCACAGCAACGAGAGAGGGACGUACGCUCGGUGACGUCAGCACGUCGGCCCAGCAGCGAGCUGGAAGCCGGUGA